AUGCAGGGGGCGGCGAGGGCGGCUGCCCCGCGAUCCCAGCGACCUCAGCCGCUGCGGCGCCCGGGCGGCCGGCAGAGGGGCAGCUCAGCCAUCCAGGGGCGCCCCGGGAGGCUCGACCCAGGGGGCGCCGGGCCCCAGCGGACACUCCCCGGACCCCGAAACGUGCCCGGCGGGGCCCACGCACCCCCAGCUGCACCCGCUCGGCCCCGUCGAUCCGCCCCGCGGCCAGGCGGGGACCCCCCGCGACCCCCCCCCCGACCCCCCACCCCCGGGUUGGCCGGCGGCUCCCCCGGCUCGCGCUCUCCGGCCCUCGCAGCGCCGGCGGGGACCCCGCCGCGGCUCUCAGCGUCCAGGGCCGGUCCCCGCGGCGAUGUCGCCAGCCGCGCCCCGCAGUCCCUCGAGCCCCCUCCGCGCCCCCGCAGGCCCAGCGCCCAUGGCUGCAGCCGCCGCGUCGCCCUCCUGGCCGCCCUCCGAGCGCCGCCCCCGGAGCAGCCCCGCGCUCAUUGGCCCGCCGCCCCCCGCCCGCGCUCAUUGGCCCGCUCGACGCCCGCGCUCAUUGGCCCGCGCCGUCAGGGGGCGGAGCCUCAUCGCCCCGCCCCUCGGGAGGCUCCGCCCAGGUCUCAAAUCCGAUUGGCUCUGCGAAUCCCCCCCACGGAGCAGCGGGAGGGGAAAGGCGCCCAACGCAGUUCAAAUCUAGACGUAUCCCCAAAAGCCAACAGGAAGCCCGAGCUUCCUCCGCAGUCCCCCAUCCCAUCCCACCCCAUCCCCGGACUUGGAUAUGCCGUCACGCCUCUUCGGGACUCAGUUUACCUGACACAAAGGAGGCGGGGCGAAAGGGGAGGGGGCGGUGAAGUUACCAGUGAAAAUCUCGGACUUUCCCGAAGUGGCGAUUUUCCAUAA